CAGUCCAUGGAGCCGAUCACUGACGGAACAUCCUGUGCAUCACUUUUCAUAAUGCAUGGACUCGAUUAUGGACUAAGGAUGGAGAAGUCGACAUGUGUGCACUCAGCGUACAUGCAACACGUUCUUUUAUUGUGAUCUUUGUUUACAGCUCAUGGUUUGUUAUGCUGCACACACUCACUUUUAUUUGGCCUGAACAUUUAUGCAAUCACAUGUCUUUGUUCCACCACAUGUUAUAGUACGAGAGGUUUCACAACAACACAUGCUUUCACUGAGAGUCUGCACAGUUCCAAGGAUUGAAAGUGUCAUUAAACUGUCCCAAAGGCAGGACUUUCAGACAGAUCGUUACCCUUAUCCUGUGAAGUUCGACAGAACAGGAAAGAUUGUUGUUGACUCACAAUCAUAAAGGGAAGUAAAGAAGCCGUUUGGUUUUGUUACCUUUGAAGCACAGCAGGUGAACACUGUGCUGUGGGGAGGACUGGAAACAUUUGCUUUCUUAUAGUGGGCUCAGUACGGCCUCUGUGGAAGUGUAGCCUCACAGGUUUUUUCCCUGACCUCAAGCACACACUAUAACCACGAGGUGCAAGGCAGGAAUAUGCAUCUGACUGGUUGGCAGAUGGUUUCUGCCAGUCGCUGGCUGCUGCUGGAUGAAACUGUUUGCAAAGAGGUUGCUGCACCAAAGUCCUUGUGAUCAUUUUGGUCAUCUGUAGUUUGCACAGAAGAUUAUUUAAGACCUUGUAUGUGAGGAGCAGGAUUUUGAAUUCUGGAUUUAACAGGGAGCCAAUGAAGGGAAGCCAAAACAGGAGAAAUCUUCACGCCACAGUGUCCAACAUGGCAGUUAACGCGAUACACUAAGCUUUAAAAGUGCCAUUUUUGCCACACUUUGUCAGGGUUAAGGUUUGCUCACGCUCCCGUACUCUUGCUGUAGCCUUGUCUAAGGCUUUCACUUGAAAUCUAUUUAGAAUCAGGUCAAGAUUUAAAGACCACUAAAAAGUUAGCUGGGUAUGGUUUAGGUUGUUGGUAAAACAUCUUAUAGCAAAACUGGUUAACAGUUACUCUGAAAGUGUUUUUUCAGGUCGAGACUUUUCAUUUGACAUGCUCGUUGUAUCAAAGUGUUUGUGCUGUCCUGCUGGCAGUGACCACCCGUGGAUCCCUCUCAUCCUCGCUCAGGAAAGGUCGAGCAGUAAAAUGAGCCUGAUAUGAAGGUUAAAUACAGACUGAACUCUGAUUUAUACACUGCUAACAGCGUGUGGAUAAGGGAGCAUCCAGAAUGUGGAUACAACCUGGUGAACUCUCCUCACCUGCGCCCAGCCUGGGUUUUAGACAGAGCUCUGUGGCAUUUAACCACCAGAGUAGCAGAGGGACGCUACAAAGCUAAAGGACUUCCUGCUGACAUUACCACGGAGAGUCAUCUGAAUGCCGUCCGUAGUGUGAUGUGGCAGGACGUGUUCCCUCAGAUCAAACUGUGGGAGUUCUACCAAGUCAAAGUGGACAGUGCUGUGGAGGAGUUUAGGACCCUGCUGCAAAACGGUACCAAGCCAGACCACAGCAAGACUGGAGGGCAGACGGGCCUCAGGAUCAUUCAGGAUCCACAAUACCGUCGCUAUGGCAACACAGCAGACAUGGACUCUGCUUUGGAGACGUUUGUGCCUCACAGCUUGUCACCUCAACACAUCGAGGAGUGCUGCGGUUGGCUCAAUCAGAAACUGACUGACCUGAAUGCAGAGCAGUAUCACAUAGUGCACCAGCAUCAGGAGCAGGCUGUCAACUGUCUUAUUGGAAACAUCGUCUAUGAACGACUUGCUGAGCACGGUCCCAGGCUGGGCCCUGUUACCAGGACAAACCCAAUGGUCACCAGGUAUUUCACCUUCCCCUAUCAGGACAUGACUCUGGACCAGGAAAUGCAGCUGCUGGACCAGCCAGACAAGAUGUGCCAUUUCCUGGCCCACAACGGUUGGGUGAUGGGCGACGAUCCACUCAGGAACUUUGCUGAACCAGGCUCCAACGUGUACAUUCGUCGGGAGCUGAUCGCCUGGGGUGACAGUGUCAAACUACGAUACGGCAACACGCCUGAUGACUGUCCCUACCUGUGGGAUCACAUGAAGAAAUACACGCAAAUCACAGCCAAGUAUUUCCACGGAGUCCGCCUGGACAACUGCCAUUCCACACCUUUACAUGUUGCUGAGGCCAUGUUAGACGCAGCCAGAGCGGUCAGACCCAAUCUGUAUGUGAUAGCUGAGCUCUUUACAGGCAGCGAGCUCCUUGACAAUGUUUUUGUUAACCGGCUGGGAAUUAGCAGUCUCAUACGAGAGGCGAUGUCAGCUGGUGACAGCCACGAGGAGGGCCGCCUGGUGUAUCGUUACGGCGGUGAGCCAGUAGGAGCUUUUGUUCAGCCCAGUCUCCGCCCACUGACACCCUCCAUUGCACACGCCAUGUUUCUUGAUGUAACCCAUGACAACGAGUGUCCUAUCCAGCUCCGCUCAGCCUUCGACGCUCUGCCCAGUUCUGCUAUCGUGGCCAUGGCGUGCUGCGCUACUGGCUCCACCCGUGGAUACGAUGAACUGGUGCCACAUCAGAUCUCUGUGGUGAAGGAGGAGCGCUUCUAUCCCAAGUGGAACCCGUCAGCAGUCCCAUCCUCUCCUGGUGAGGUUAGCUCCUGUACCGGCAUCGUAGCUGGGAAACGGGCAGUAAACAAGCUGCACCAGGAGCUAGCUGCACAGGGAUUCACACAGGUGUACGUGGACCAGGUGGAUGCAGACAUCGUUGCAGUGACUCGUCACUGUCCCAGCACCCACCAGUCUGUGGUAACCGUGAGCAGGACCGCCUUCUGGGAUCCCAAAACCCACCAGUACAGCACCAGUGUCCCGCCCAUGUUCAUUCCUGGGAAAAUAGAGGAGGUGGUGCUGGAGGCAAGGAUGGUGGAAAGGAGCACCGGGAAAUAUAAGAAGGAUGAGAACUACAUCAACGGCAUGCCAGAAUACACAGUGGAAAUGAAAGAGCACAUCUCGGUGGAUGAGAGUACAGUGAUGAAGAAAGCUGGAGUGACGUCAAAAGGGCGUUCAGAGUUUGUGCACGAGAUCACCUUCCAGAAGCUGACACCCGGCAGCAUCAUCGCCUUCAGGGUCAGUUUGGAUCCCAAAGCCCAGAAGCUGGUGGGACUGCUGAGGUACUAUCUGUCCCAGUUUAGCCCAAAGUACAGGAGAGGCAGCGUAGCAGAUGAAAACCCACCAGACGCACUGAAGAAGCCCCUGGCACAGCUCAUGUCUAAGCUGACGCUGGCAGACAUGAAUGUCCUGCUGUUUUGCUGCGACACGGAGGAAAAAGAGGAAGGCGGAGGCUGUUACAGUAUCCCAGGCUGGGAAACUCUCAAAUACGCAGGACUUCAGGGUCUGAUGUCUGUGUUUGCUGAUGUUCGUCCCAACAACGACCUGGGCCAUCCUUUGUGUGCCAACCUCAGAGACGGAGACUGGCUCAUAGACUUCGUCGCCAAUAGGCUGAUGCACAGGGAGGGGCCGCUGGCAGAGGUGGGUCGCUGGUUGGCAGCCAUGUUUAAUUUCCUCAAACACAUGCCCCGCUACCUCAUCCCCUGCUACUUUGAUGCUAUCCUAGUUUCCACCUACACCACAGCCCUCGAUGCCACCUACAAACUCAUGUCCAGCUUUGUCCAGAACGGCUCUACCUUUGUUCGUCACCUGGCGCUCGGUUCGGUUCAGAUGUGCAGCGUUGGACGCUUUCCUGCUCUGCCUCCUGUUUCUGCUCAAUUAGACGACGUCCCGUACCGCAUCAGUCCAAUCACGGGCCAGAAGGAGCAGUGCUGCGCCUCGCUGGCUGCAGGUCUUCCUCAUUUCUCUGCGGGGAUUUUCCGUUGCUGGGGCAGAGACACCUUCAUCGCUCUCAGGGGACUGCUGCUCCUCACUGGUAGACACGUCGAGGCUCGCAACAUCAUCCUGGCCUUUGCAGGGACAUUGCGCCACGGUUUGAUCCCCAACCUGCUGGGGGAGGGUCGAUGUGCCAGAUACAACUGCAGGGACGCUGUGUGGUGGUGGCUGCAGUGCAUCCAGGACUACACUACCCAGGUUCCCAGAGGGCAUGAAAUCCUUAGCUGCCCUGUCACACGCAUGUACCCCACUGAUGACUGCGAGCCUUGUAAACCUGGAGAGGUGGAGCAGCCUCUGUAUGAUGUGAUCCAUGAAGCUCUGCGGCGCCACUUGGAGGGCAUUUCCUUCAGAGAGAGAAACGCUGGACCCAAAAUAGACAUGAAAAUGAGAGAUGAAGGGUUCAGCGUCGUUGCUCGGGUCGACCCCGCCACAGGUUUUGUGAGCGGAGGAAACCGCUUUAACUGCGGCACAUGGAUGGACAAGAUGGGAGAGAGUGAGAGAGCCAGGAACAAAGGCAUGCCUGCUACUCCAAGAGAUGGAGCAGCGGUGGAGAUAGUUGGUCUGAGUAAGUCUGCAGUUCGCUGGGUGGUGGAACUUCACGCCAAGGGCCUGUUCCCAUACGAUGGAGUUAAAUUACACAGAGAUGGUAAGGAAGUGUUCAUCUCGUACUCCCAGUGGAACGAGCAGCUCAGCCAGUCCUUUGAAGCUGGCUUCUGGGUGUCCGGUGACCCAGAUGACCCCGAUGAGAAGCACCCUGAGCUGGUGCACAAGAAAGGCAUCUAUAAGGACAGCUACGGCGCCUCCAGCCCCUGGUGUGACUACCAGCUCAGACCCAACUUCACUGUCGCCAUGGUGGUGGCUCCAGAGCUGUUCACGGUGGAGAGAGCCUGGAACGCUUUGGAGAUAGCUGGGAAGAAACUGCUGGGACCACUGGGAAUGAAAACCCUAGAUCCUGAUGACCUGGUUUACUGUGGCGUCUAUGAUAACGCACUGGACAAUGACAACUACAACGUGGCCAGAGGCUUCAACUACCACCAAGGACCGGAAUGGCUGUGGCCAGUCGGGUACUUCCUGCGUGCUAAACUCUACUUUGCAAAGAAGCUGGGAGAAGACACGUACACCAAAACGGUUACCUUGGUGAAAAAUGUUCUGUCACAACAUUACACUCACCUGGAGAGGUCUCCAUGGAAGGGUCUGCCAGAGCUGACCAAUGAGAAUGGCCAGCACUGUCCAUUCAGCUGUGAGACCCAGGCCUGGUCUCUAGCCACUGUGCUGGAGGUCCUGUAUGACCUGUAGACCUGUGCAGAGGGCCACCUGUUGCUCAGUUCAUCACCAGCCAAUCACAGCAUCCACUCAGAAAAGUGGACGAGAGGGUCAGUGUGGAUGGAAUCACACUGUUUUCUUUUUUUCCAGAGGGGGGUUCUGGUAGCAUUUCCAAAUAAAUACUGCAGUGCUUAAAGUGUUUACUAACCAGCCUUGAUUGCAUUUGGUUGUAGUUAAGUUUGCAAGCUAAAUAAAAGAUAAGGUCCCAGCAGAAAGCUGAUGUAGCUCAUAUUUCCUAUGUUUCCCAUAUGACCUGAAUGCAGCACAUUUUAAAGUCCAGCCAGUCUUUAGACUGUAGCAGCUGCUAAGUGUGGUGAACGUUAACGUGUCUGAUCCUGCAGACAUCCAUACCAAAGACAUGAUCUUGGUAUGGAUGAAAAGCGUUUGGUAGGCGUUGACUCACAGGGUUGGUGUUAAAACCAUUAUGAGCCACUGUGCAUUCUGUCCCCAUAGCAGUUAUUUUAAAUAAAAAGAGAAGAUGUUUUUCUUUGUGGGUCAUUGCUGUUCACCAAGGCUCAUGUUUGCUACUGAAAUCUGCUGUGUGCUUUUA